AGACAGGCGUUUACGAGACAUAAUAAACCAGUUUUCUUAGUGUUAUCGUCAUGGCUUUACCUUUUCUGCCAGGAAACUCUCCCAAUGCUCAUCUGGGAAAUGAGAGAUUUCACAAAUCUCAGCAUUUUGACUAUUCCAAUGGAGUCCCGAUGCUGGUGGGGUCAGAGAAGCCGGGCAUCGGAGGAAAGUGUUUGUUCGGCCAGAAACUAAAAACAAAGUAUUCCGUCUAUCCCAAAGGAGAGGGCAGUGACCUACCGUCAUGGGUCGCCUUCGACAAACAGGCUCUUUGCUUUGAGGCUUACUUCGAGGAGACUGUGCCUGUGGCACAGGUGGAAACGUACAGAAUCCGAAAGUGUAAGAUCUACUUCUACCUGGAAGACGAUACCAUCCAGGUGGUGGAGCCAGAGUACAAGAACAGUGGCAUACCUCAAGGGACUCUUAUUCGUCGCCAUCGUAUCCCCCUCCCUCAACCAAACGACGACGAGUUCUACAACAUUUUCCACUUCAACAUCAACCAACAGAUGGAGCUGUACUCUCGUAUUUUCACUGUGACUGACUGUGACGCCUUCACGAAGAAUUUUCUGACAAAACUGGGGGUGAAGCUGAACGACCCCGCCGCUGUGCCUGAUGAUCCCUACAGCAAGAUGCGGACACAGCUUGAAGAAAGCAUGAAGCCGCUCCGCCCUUACGAGAGACACGACAUGCUGAAGCAGUUUCUGGACAAUGACCGCAAAGUGCUGCGUUUCUACUGCUUCUGGGACGACACAGGGAGCAUGUAUGGGGACCCACGGGAGCUAAUAUUGUACUACUUCCUGGCCGACGACACCAUAGAGAUCAUAGAAGUGAUCCCGCCAAACUCUGGAAGAGAUGCUGUGGCCAAAUUCCUGCACCGCAGCAAACUACCUAAGCAUAGCCCAAGCAAAAUGAAGCAGCCUGGAGAGGUCACAGACCGCACAGUGCUCAAUGUGUUUUCCUCCGACAGCCAGGAAAAACGCUUCAUACUGGACAGCCUCAAAACGGGAGCAAUCAACGAGGAGUUUUAUAAGGACACUGAUCUGCUUGUAGGUAGGGAUGUGAACGUGUGGGGCAGGAAACUGCUCAUCACCGACUGCGAUGAAUUCACCAAAAAAUACUACAGCUCCAAAUAUGGCAUAGAUAACUUCACCCCGAUGCAGUACAAAGCUCCCCCAACCCCAAAGCCACCCAAACUUGUGCCCCCCUACAAUGGCUUUGGCUCAGAGGAGGACUCCUUAUGCUCCUGCCGGGGCUUGUUGCUCAAACCUCCCCAAAAGGAUUUCCAUAAAUUUAUGGAAAAAGACAGAUGUGGCCUGAACAGUAAUGUGCUGAAUUUCUGUGCCAAGAUGAUAACCACAGAUCCAGUUGACAGAACGCGGGUGUUCAUCAUCUCCUUUUACCUCAGCGAUGACUCCAUGAGUGUGUUUGAACAGCCACAGAGGAACUCAGGUGUACUUAGUGGGAAGUUUAUGGAGCGUCGCCGGGUGAGGAAGCCUGGCCAGGAGCUGUUUAAGAGUGAGCCCUCGAAGUACUUCAUGGCUCAGGACCUGUAUGUUGGGGCUACCCUCUGUCUAAGUGGCAGAAACUUCCUCCUCACGGAUGCUGAUGACUAUACGCUGAACUACAUGGAGCAGAAUGCCGAGGAGUUUCCAAUAGCCAACACAGGCAACAUCCUCAGCAAACUGCGUUCCAUUCCGGAGGGGAAACGGAGUGAGAUCAGGAAUUUUCUGACUCUUAGUGACCCCACCACGACUGGCUUCAUCCCAUAUGAGUCAUUCAGGAGUCUGCUGAUGGGCCUGGACUGUGGUCUGUCGGAGCACGAGGUUCUGGUUCUGGGCCGGUGUUUCUCAGAGCGCAGGCAGCCUGCGGCGGACGUGGGCCUGAUGCUGGCUGUGGCCCAGGACUUCCUCAAGAGAAAGAACUUCGAGGAGUUCGCUAACCUGGCCAGAAGAUUUGUCUACCACGACAAAACCAAAACUGGACGUCUUUCCACCAAAGAAACAAGGACCAUUUGUAAAGCCUUUAAGCUCGCCGUACCUGAGAACUUGCUGGAAGGUCUGCUCAGCAAGUUUGCUGAUGGAGAAGAAAUAGACUACAAUGCUUUCAUUGCUGGCAUUAACUGGAUAGAGAACCCUACCCCACCUGUUAUGCCCGAGGACAACUUAAAGUUCGAGGUGAAUCUGAAGUUCGACGGAAGUGGAGCUGCACUAAAAAACAUCAACUACUCUGCCCUUCUUCAGGACGUAUUCAGCUUUGCCUCCGACAACACUGACCCAACGACCACCGCCUCAGCGUAGACACCUAAAAACAACAACAUAUUU